AUGGAUAUGACGUCGGCAGCCGAGGCGCGCAGCUGGUACGACAACCAGCGGCUCGGAGGCUCGCCCGGAACAUCGGCCGCCCUUGGCCAUCAGACGGCUGCGGUCGAUCCUUCGGAAAUGAACCCAUUCUACCCGCUGGAAAAUGGCUCCCAUCGGCGGUACUAUCCGGCCAGCUACGGACCCCACGCAUCCCGCAUGACCACGUCCCACGUCUCACCACAGGUCUGCCGGCCACAUUUCCACGGCCCGUUAUCGUGGCUAAGCGACCCACCGAAACCGAUCGCGUCCAGCAGUGCGUGGGGUAGCCCGUUCGCUUGCCCCCAGGACCCCCAGGACAAGCUGGCCCAGGUGCAGGGUGGCCAGUCCGGGCAGCAUCUCUUCUCGUUCCCGCCCACCCCGCCCAAGGACUCGACGCCCGAUUCCGUGCAGACGGCACCCGCCGAGUAUCAGGCCACGAUCAACGCGUUCAUGCACCAGGCCCAAGUGGGCGCCAGCGGUGCGGUGGUGGGUGGUGGUGUCGGUGGUGGAGUGGGCGGUGGUGCAUCCUCUGGCCAGACGGCGGACGGCUGCGGGCUUGACGUGAAGCCCUGUCUGACGGGUGGCAACGGAUCGAACGGUGGCGGCAGUGGUGGUGGCGGAGGCGGCCAGAACCAACCAAAGCAGCGCGAAGGUACGAGCGGCGGUAGUGGAGGCAGUGGUGGUGGCCACGGCCCAAAUGGCGGAGGACAACCGACCGGAAGUGGGCUCGGUGGAGUUCACGGUGGUCAAGGCAACGCAGCGACGGGACACACUUCCGGCGCGGGUUUGUUCGAUGGCACGGGCCAGACGGCGUACGGGGGUGGGUAUGAUGCGGGCGGGUACGGGUACCACCCCCAGCAUGCGGGGGUGGCACCCUUCGGCCAGUCUAACCCACGCCCCGCCAUGAACAGCCCGCACAUGAAGCCGCAAAGGACGAAAGCUCGCACGAGCGCCGAGGGCCGAGAGUGCGUCAACUGCGGUGCGACAUCAACGCCCUUAUGGCGACGGGACGGCACCGGCCACUACCUCUGCAACGCCUGCGGACUUUACUACAAAAUGAACGGCCAGAAUCGUCCGCUGAUCAAACCGAAACGAAGACUGGUUAGCUCGCUUCAAAGUGCCGCUCGCCGUGCGGGAACAUCAUGCGCGAACUGCAAAACGACGACCACCACCCUCUGGCGACGGAAUCAGGGCGGCGAACCCGUUUGCAACGCCUGCGGACUCUACUACAAGCUGCACAACGUCAACCGGCCGCUAACGAUGAAGAAGGAAGGCAUCCAGACGCGAAACCGCAAGCUGUCGUCCAAAUCGAAGAAAAAGAAGGGUAUUCCCGGCUCGUGUCUUCCGCUCGGCAGCCACCUCGGGGACCUGAUGAAGCCGCUCGAUCAUAAGCCCUCCUUUCCGGGGCCAUUCCCAGGCUCGAUGGGACAACACGGGCAUCUGUCCGGUGGACUACAUCCGGCUCACACGCACAUGCACGGUGGGUGGUACACGACCGGAAUGGGUGCACUCGGGACUUCCGGUGGGCUGCAAAAUGGAUUCGGUGGAGCGGGUUCGCUUGGUGGUGGAGUCGUGCCACACUCGCAGUCGUACCAUCUAGGACUAAAUUCAAUGAGCUGGCGUUCCGAGUACACGUGA